GAGGUUGGAUUAGCAGGCCUUAGUGACUGAGUGCAUUUUGUAGGUGAGGUAAGAGCGAGGUGACAGGAUCAACUUCUGGGUUGAUAGCAAGGUCAUUGGCUCAUCAAUGGAGCAGGACAUAUCAGUUGAGAUAUCAAGUAGGCAUUUGGCUAUUCAGGCCUGGGGUGCACAGGAGAGCUCUGGGCUCCUGGGCACACACGGGAGCCCUGGGUGUACAGGAGGCAGGCGUGUGUGAGCUGUGGAAGGGAGGUCCCUCCUGCCUCAGCUUAUCCUGCUCUCCCUCUGCCUGAACUCCUCCAGUUCUGGAAGGCACCCUGCAGUCCCACACCUGGGCCCUCUACUCUGCCACUCCCUCUGCCUGCAACAGGCUUCUCUCCUGGACUGCCCCCUUCCCUGCACCUUGCCAACAUGCAUGCACACACACAGGCACUCAUGCACACGCUCACAUAUGCACCCAUGCAUGCACACUUACAUGCACACAUGCACUCUUACAUCUUUUGCCUGGCCAAUUCCUACUCUCCUGUCAGCUCUCAGCUUAAAGGCCACUGCCUCCUCUGAUAACUCAUUUCUGACCUUCUAUACUAGGGCUCCCCUCUGCCCACUGGAGGCCCCUUGUUUGUCCUUUUUCUCCAAGUUCUCCUCACAAAUAGUAAUUAUUUAAUGUCUGUCUUCCCCACUAGGCUGUAGGUUCCAUGAGGACAGGCCUUGAGUCUGUCCUGGUCUCUGGAAUCAUGGUGUCUAGUAGAGGCCAGCACACAGCAAAUAUAUAAAUGUACAAAUGAGUGAAUGAAGAGAAUCUGAUUGGCCUUAAGGAACUUACGCACUUAAAAUAAUUGGGCAGAAGAGAAGCAGUGAAGGAGUGCAGAGGCAUCACCUGAAAGUUUACAAGUCCUUCCACUUUCUCUCUGAGGCAGAAAGCGCAAGGGUUUUUCUGUCUAUUUUAUGGUUGGGAAAAUUGAGGCCUGCCUGAGUGUGUGACUUGUGGCAAGUCACUCUGGUCAUCUAGGGCAGAGGCUCCCCAGAGCCCAGGCCUCCUGCCUCCAGUCCCCAGCCCACAGCCCAGGAUUAGGCAGAGCCAGCUGCUUUCCCGUGGCUGCCCUGACUCCUUACAGGGAUCACUGAGAUUCUGAUGAACAGACCUUCUGCCCGCAAUGCCUUGGGGAAUGUCUUCGUCAGUGAGCUGCUGGAAACUCUGGCCCAGCUGCGGGAGGACCGGCAAGUGCGUGUCCUGCUCUUCAGAAGUGGAGUGAAGGGCGUGUUCUGUGCAGGUGCAGACCUGAAGGAGCGGGAACAGAUGAGUGAAGCAGAGGUGGGGGUGUUUGUCCAGCGACUCCGGGGCCUGAUGAAUGACAUCGCUUCCUCGGCCGUCAUGGGACUGAUUGAGACCACGCGAGGGCUCCUCCCGGGGGCAGGAGGGACUCAGAGGCUGCCCCGUUGUCUGGGGGUGGCCCUGGCGAAGGAGCUCAUCUUCACGGGCCGACGACUGAGUGGAACUGAGGCCCAUGUACUGGGGCUGGUGAAUCACGCUGUGGCCCAGAACGAGGAGGGGGACGCCGCCUACCAGCGGGCACGAGCACUGGCCCAGGAGAUCCUGCCCCAGGCCCCCAUUGCCGUGCGGCUGGGCAAAGUAGCCAUUGACCGAGGAAUGGAGGUGGACAUUGCAUCCGGGAUGGCCAUUGAAGGGAUGUGCUAUGCCCAGAAUAUUCCAACCCGGGACCGGCUAGAGGGCAUGGCAGCCUUCAGGGAGAAGCGGACUCCCAAAUUUGUUGGCAAAUGACCCCCAUUUUAACCUUCAGCAUGGGAGAUGCAUGCCCUGAAGAGCAGGAUCCAGAAGGAAGAUUUGUGGCCGGAUUGCCUUCAUCAUUUCACCUCUCCAGACUUCCAUUUCUUCACAAGGAUGAUGAUGGAAAUAAAAUGACUGGCAUGAUGCCUGGAACCAAGGUGCUGAUCCUACCACCUACUGCUACCUUCCUUAGCUUCACCCUGGCUAGAAAUAAUCACGAGGGUUGGGUUUGCUUUGGAAAAUGCCUGUCUCUCUACUUGAAUGAUAAAGAAUUAAAUUAGA